AUGGCGGAGAAGUCAGGAUGGCUUGGCUUAGUCGAACUCAUUUCAUCUAUUACGUUGACGUGCUUCUCAUUCCUUGUUGGAGUGAAAACAGACAUGAAUAUGGUGGUGAAUGCAAGAAAAACAACUUACAUCAUAGGCUUUUCUACUUUCAUUUUCCCUCUACUCUUCAAUGCAGUUCUAUGUCUUGUGAUCAUGAAAACCAUUACGAUGGACAAUGAACUGAGCGAUUCUCUCAAAUUCAUUGCAGUGGCUGUAUCUACCACUUCUUUCUAUGAUACGGCUUGUGCCGUCAAUGACAUGAACCUCCUCAACUCAGAGAUAGGUCGUCUAGCCUUGGCCAUUUCGAUAAUCACCGGGUUGUGCAGUUGGGGGUUCGCUUUUGGACUCACCUUAAUAGCUGAAUCCAUGGCAAUGAAGCAUAAAUUACUAAUAAUUUCAGUGAUAAGUAAAUUUGCCUUGUUGAUAUUCGUCCUAUUCAUUGUACGUCCGGUAGUUUCGUGGAUGAAUAGAAAAACUCCAGAAGGAAAAACAUUGAGGGAGGGUUACGUUUCCGUGAUCAUUAGCACUGUCUUGGGAGUUGCAUUUUACAGCGAGUUCAUCGGGCAACACGGCAUGUUCGGACCACUUAUGCUUGGACUGGUCGUACCUGUUGGGACUCCCGUGGGAAUAGCUGUUCAAAAAAAGCUCGACUGCUUCGUUACCUAUGUGCUCAUGCCAACUAUUUACAUUGUAGCAGGUUAUAGAGUACAAAAGUUCGAAUCCAAGAUAAGGAAUUGGGUACCUGUGGAGUUUAUGAUAUUCUUUUCUUGUUGUGCGAAGAUUAUUACAGUAAUGUUGUCUUCACUCUACUGCCAGUUGCCUAUUCAAGACUCAUUCUUGCUCGGUCUCAUAUUAAACUGUGCUGGCAUAUUUUACCUCAUAUUUUGCAUUUCAAUGGAUAGAGAGAAGUUUAUCGACCAACCAACUUACACAUACAUGCUUCUCUCAAGUGUUUUGAUAACGAUGGUAUGUACACCUAUAGUGAAACUUCUGUAUGAUCCUUCGAGUAGGUACACAAGCUACAAGAAACAAACUAUUCAGAACUCUUCUGACAAGGAAGAGCUUCCAAUACUUGCUUGUGUUUACAACCAAGAAAACGUUCCAAGCAUCCUCAACUUCCUUGAAGCAACUAAUCCAACAAAAGAUAGCACUGUAUGCAUCUAUAUCUUGCACCUCGUUGAGCUGAUUGGACGUGCAGCUUCCAUCCUCGUUACACAUAAACAAAAGAAAAAUAAAAUUACACGCAGUCAAAGCCGUAAUACAUCAGAAAAAAUUAUCAAUGCCUUCAAUCACUUUACAGAACAGAACCCAGGCUUCUCAAUUGGGCAAGCUUACACAGCAGUAUCACCGAUCGAGGGCAUGCAGAAUGACGUGUGUCACGUAGCAAUGGAAACUAGGACACAUCUUGUGGUCAUACCCUUUGGUGAGUUGGCCGAACAUCCUUUUCGCGCAGUCAACCAAAGUGUUUUACAUAAGGCACCUUGCUCAGUGGGGACACUCAUUGACCACAUAGAUGCGGCGAAACCUGUUGUUGAUGCUUCCAUAAGCAGUUGCCACAGUGUUGCCAUGAUUUUCUUAGGAGGACCCGAUGAUCGAGAAGCAUUAGCAUAUGGUAUGAGAAUGGCAGAUGAUAAGCCCAACUUAAAGCUCUCGGUUUUUAGAUUCACACAUACAAACUUGCGUGAUAAUAAAAAUACUAAAAAAGAUGAUGAACUGAUUAAUGAGUUGUGGCAGACAAUCGAGAACAACGUAAAUAUUGAGUACAUCGAAGCACUAACAGAUUGCGCAGAUACAGCAACUAGAAUCAAAUCCCUGGAAGAGACUUACGACUUCAUAUAAUUAGUCGGUAGAAGACAUGAAGAUGAUUCGCCAAUUUUGCAAGGACUAGAUCAAUGGUGCGUCUACAAAGAACUUGGUGUGGUUGGAGAUCUUUUUGCUACAUCUAGUUUUCAAGGGGGAUUUUCUCUUUUGGUAAUGCAACAAUAG